AGAUAGAUCCACAACUAUUUCUCACUAAACCCAGUUUCUGUAACUUCUAUCCAUUCACAGUUUUUUUUUGUUAUUAUUAUUGUCAUAUCCUUCCCAUAUUUCUCAGUAUUGCAGAUUAAUCAAGAUCACGUGUUGUACGUUGUGAGCAUUGUCCAUUUUGAGAGAGAAAAUUGUUACCUUUCAUCACCACUGCAGAAAAAGACAUUUCUUCGUUGUGAAUUUUGAGUAUCUUGCACAACCUGUGGGUACAAUUUGAUACGGGUAUAUUUUAAAGAAGUGAAAAAUUUGGAGACUGAGAAAUUCGGCAUGUUCAGAUUAUCUCCUCGGAGGAAUCAAAGAUCGAAAGGCUUCAAGGUGAAGCAUGCUCUACAACUAAUCCUCUUGCUUGGCAUUUGUAUCUGGUUGGUUUACCAAAUCAAACAUUCCCAUGAGAAUAAAGGAUCCAAAGGCGAAAACCCGAAAAUCAAUAGUGAUUUGAAAUUAGGGAGGAAGGAUCCCCGUCCUCGUGUGGAGGAAACUUCAGUGAUCGAUGCGAGGCACAAGGAGGAGGAUGACGAGGAGGAAGAAAACAAGCAUGAGGAGCAAACCAAACUGGAUGAUGUUAACGGUGUGGAAGAUGAAGCCCUGAUGCAAAAGAAUGAGAUAAGUAGCAGUGAAGAGAAUUCAGAGAAUGGACAGGAUUCAGUGGACAAAGAGAAUGAAGAGAGUUCUGAAAACGACGGGACUCACAUGGAAAGUGUGCAGCAUAAUAUGGAGGAGGACAAUACGGAGAGGGAGCAUGGAGAGGAUGAUAAAAAUGACACGGAGGAGAACAAAGAAAGUGGAGAAACUAUAGAGAAGGGUGUACAGGAGAAUGAAGAGACAGAAGAUAACGGGAACGAAGCAAUCAACCAGAGUGAAACAGAAGUGAAUGAACUUGAGCAGAAUAAUGAGCAAGAUGGUAAAGAAAAGGAGGAGAGAAAUGAAAUUGAAGCCGAGAAAGAAGAGCAUGAUAAUAAGAUUCAGGAAGAGACUUCAUCUGAAAAUCUGGUUCAAGAUGGAGGCAUGAAAGAAGAGGAGGAGCGUAGAGAACAACAAUAUGCUGGAGAUAAUGCCUCGAGUGCUGUAGACCAUAAGUCAGAAGAUGUCUUUGAUGAAACUUCUAACAAGGCAGAAAAAUUUGACAAAAGGGAAAACAAUGAAUUUGAGUCAGAGUCUGAGAAAAGUGGCUCCGAAAAUACUGAAGUGACUGAUUCCACUGUGACAACAGACAGCCAAGAAAAUGAUGGCGAGAAUGAGGCAAAUACAGAGAAUGAUUCCCAGAAGAGUUCUAUUUCGGAAUCAGGCGAGCAACAAGAAGUUCAGCAUAACUUCAAGAAUGAGUCUACAGAUGAGACUGACACAUCUUUCAUCACUGAGAAACAUAACGAAACAUCAGAAAACUCAGACUCCAAGGUAGAGGACUCCAGCAUGCAAAAAUCAUUGCCGGAUUCCGAAAAUGCUAACUCAGAUACUGCAGCAGAUGAGACCGGUUCCAGUUCAAAAUCUUCCUCAGAAACUCUUGAUAAUGAUGCAAAAAAUGGAGAAUUUCAGGACAGUGCUAACAAUAGUUCUGUUGUGAACGAAAAUUCCAACACCAAUUCUGUCCAAGAAGAAGCACAAGAGAAUGUUCAAUCAUCCAAAACAUCAGAAUCUGAUAACAAAGAUUCAAACCUAGAAGGGGAACUCACUACCACUGAUACUAAAUCAGAGCAGAAAAAGGACAAAUCCUCAAACAAAGAAAACAAGACAGAUGCAGUGGAAAAUGAGAGCGAGAGCAAAAACACUAGCGAAGACAAUUCUUCUGAUACUACUUCUGAUCAAAACAAGGAUGAUUCUUUGAAAUCAGAGAACAACAGUGAUGCAAACCAGGAUGGCUCAAAUGCUGAUAUAAAUGAGAAAGAUGCAUCAUCCAAUGCGGAACUGAACGAGAACAAGAAUGAGAGUGAAAAUGAGAACAAGAAUGAGAACGAAAACGAGAAUGAGAACAGUGAUCGGAGCAAGACGACAAGCGAAAAUGAUGAUGAAGGUUCUCAAAAUGAGAAAGAGGAAAUUGCACACACUGAUGCGGAUAGCAAUUCCAACUUGCAUGAGGAUCAAGGAAGUUCUGAUCGCGUCGAUUUGGGAACUUUGCCGGACACCAAUGGGGAAAGCAAUCACAGAGAUGUUGCUACUGCAGAGUGAUAAUGCACUGCAAUAAAAUUAGUUUUAUCUUUUUCUUUCUUCUUUUAGUUACAAUUAGUUUGUUAUCUUUGCUUCUUCUGAUCCUCUGCUUUCGUUUUUGGUUGAGCCAUGCGCUGUUCUUUAGGUGGUUUAUGAUAUGAAAGUUUUUGGUUCCGUAGGAUUAGAACAUGAAUAUUUAGCGUUAUAGUUUAAGCUGUAUAAAUUAUAUCCUGUUUAACUGAACUGUAUUAAAUGCAAGCAAUAAUAGUUACAACUUACUUUGAAACUA